AUGGAGGUGAAGGAUAGUGUGGUAGGAUUCUGGGAAAAAGAUAAAGGUUGUUUUGAAAUAUUAGAUAAGGGAAAAGAAGAGAAGAGGGUUUACGGCUGCAGUUUCGUUAGGCGAAUUAACGACCAUGAAAAGACUGGUAUCAUCAGUAUGUGUGCAUUUAUAUCCGUGCAUGCACGCGACGAAUGUUCAUCCUCUCCAUGUCUUCACGGUGGUACAUGUAUGGAUGGCAUCAACGCUUACACCUGUAUAUGUCCAGCUGGCUUCAGUGGAAGGAAGUGUGAAACCAAUAUUGACGAAUGCGCAUCCUCCCCAUGUCUUCACUGUGGUACAUGUUCAGAUGGUGUCAACGGUUACAUCUGUACAUGUCUAGCUGGCUUCAGUGGAAAGGAGUGUGAAACCAAUAUUGACGAAUGCGCAUCCUCCCCAUGUCUUCACUGUGGUACAUGUUCAGAUGGUGUCAACGGUUACAUCUGUACAUGUCUAGCUGGCUUCAGUGGAAAGGAGUGUGAAACCAAUGGUGUCAACGCUCACACUUGUCUAGCUGGCUUCAGUGAAAAGAAGUGUGAAACAACGUCAGCACCUUUCAGACAACUAAUGUGCUACAGCUGUGAUGAAAUGUCUGACCUGAAACUGUGCGACACGGUGCAACGAUGUGCUCGAGUGCUCUUGGAGAGGCAACAUAUAUAA